AUGACCCUCGAAAUCGCUGACGAAGAGACACCUCUGCUGCAUGCCAAUGACUAUGUGGAACCCCAACAGAAGCCAGUAAUUACAGGCAAGACGCCUCUCCCGUGGAGCCAAUUUUCUAUCAUACUGUCGCUUCAAGUCCUAGAACCAAUGACUUCGCAAGUCAUCUCGCCAUUUGCCCCACAGCUGAUACGAAGCAUUGGACUCAGUGUUGCAAUUUACGUUGGCGUACUGCAGUCACUCUUCUUUGCAACUGAGGCAUUGACUACUUUUCACUGGAGUCGUCUGUCUGAUCGUGUUGGCCGUAAACCAAUUUUAUUGAUUGGUCUCACGGGCAUCUCCAUUUCCAUGUUCUCUUUUGGACUCUCGAGAACUUUUUGGAGUGUCGUCUUGAGCCGUUGUCUGUGUGGUGCGCUCAAUGGUAAUGUGGUAGUGAUGAAGAGCAUGAUCGCCGAUAUCACGGACUCCACGAACAUGUCUCAGGCGUAUGCGUAUAUUCCUUUUGCUUGGCAAGCUGGCAUCGCUCUGGGGCCUCUCAUCGGUGGACUUCUUGCAAGUCCGACGGUUCAGUAUCCGGAACUAUUUGGAAGAUUUAAACUCCUAAAGACGUAUCCUUAUUUCCUUCCUUGUGGCGUGAUAGGAACACUAGCGCUUGUAUGGUGGUGCGUUACGUUCUUUUUUCUCAGCGAGAGCACACAACCUAGCACUAGUUUUGCUCGGAUUCUCGGAUUGUACAAGGGCGAAAGAAGUACUUUGCGGACCAUGCCAUCAGAUUCUGGCCUUCGAUCAAAAACGAAGCCCUUGCCGUUCCGCGAUUUGCUAGUGACGCGGGUGGUUAUCGCAACCUGCGCUUAUGCUGCUACUGCCCUGAUUGAAAUCUCGUUCCGUGCUGUCCAACCAGUAUUUUAUGCUACGCCCAUUGAAAUGGGUGGCCUCGGGCUGGAUGCCCCAGCCAUUGGCAUCAUUCUGGCUAUGCUUGGUAUUCUGAACGGAGUGCUUCAAUUUUGCUUCCCAAUGCUUGCGCUGUUUCCGGCCAUCAGCUUCGCAGCUAAAGCACAGGGACUGAGCUAUUUUGUUUACCUCCUGGUAGGCCUGCAGCUCCUCGCCUUCGUAAUCUCAUAUUCUGCAUUUGGUGUCGUAUUCAUGUACAUCAAUGCAUCUGCACCCAACCGAGCAUCCAUUGGCGCAACAAAUGGGCUCGCGCAAACUGUGGUGUCUGUCAUACGAGCUGUUGGACCGGCGGUGGCGAACUCUGCUUAUUCGCUGAGUAUCGAGAAGCAACUCCUUGGUGGAAAUAUGGUGUAUUGGUUAAUGGCUGGAAUGGUUUGUAUUGCGAUCGGUGUCGGAUCUGCCCUCCCAAAGCGCUUGUGGUGCGAGUAG